AACAACGAGAGGACGCUUCUUCUUGUGGGCUGUUUCAAUGCUAGCAUGCUAUAUUGGCCCGGUAGCUAAUGUAGCCAGUGUUUACCAUCACAACACACAAUACAGUGAUGUGACCACAGCUCUUUGUUAUAUUGAAGCGGAAACCCCGGAAGCAAGUACAGAAAAUGUCUGCCUCUCUGUGCGAGACCAUGAGUGAGACUUUGAUUGAGGCGACACAUUGGGGGAACGGCCCUGAUGAUGAUCGAAUCAAGAAUGCAGUGGUGGUGUUGACCAGACUCCCAGAGUAUAAGAUCAGCGCUCUACGGCCCCCAACGCCUCCGCAGUUCUACAGUGAAGACGAGUCCCUCAGCAGCUCGGACUCCGAUAUGCAGGUGGAGCCCGGAGAUGAUAGUGACUCAGAUUAUUCCGUGUCAAACAACAAAGUGAACACGGUAAGGAGGGAAGCACCGAGAGCACAAGCAGCGUCAACAAGCGGCAACCACAACGGGCCCGAAGUGAUGCCCGCCCCAAGCUUUGACCCUGAAUCAAAGGUCCGUCCUAACUUGCCAGAGGAAGAGCUCAACGUGGGCAUGGUGGUGCUGGCCAGGAGGAGGGCCAUGACGUGGCAGCGGGGGAAAAUACUGGAAAUAGUGACAAAGGAAGAUGGACGGUUAAAGUACAAAGUUGGUUUUGAAGAAAAGGGGAAGAGCCUCGUCUCUGGACACCACAUCGCCUCCGACCGAACACCGACGCUGGAGCAGCUGUAUAUCGGCGCUCCUGUGGUGGUCCAGGUUCAAACCAUCAAUCCCCUGUUCCAGCCUGGUAUCUUAGCAGAGCUCCCAAGUAGAAAGAACCACUUAAGGUUCUUGGUCUUUUUGGAUGAUCACACACCGGUCUAUGUUAGUUUACCUCUCAUUCACCUGGUGUGCCGACCAUUGGAGGACGUCCUGGAGAGCCUUCCUGACGACAAUCACAGGUGUUUCAUGAAGCGGUACCUGAAGGACUGGCCCUUCCCACAUUCAACCCAGUACAAAGUGGGACAGACCGUGCACGUCGAGCUGAAUGGAGUCCAAACCAGUUGUGAGGUGCAAGAGGUCGACUGCAGCUUGAUACUGGUGAAAUUUGAGACGAGUCACCUCGAGCAGUGGAUCUACCGCGGCUCUGUAAGACUUCAGCAACACAUGGGAAGGAUAUUGGAUUCAAGAGAAUGAAGGGAAGUGAUUUCUGAAUAAAGGCUGCCAGAAACAGGAAAAUAAAUAUGAUUCAUCAUGAGCAAUUUUACAUAAAAUUUAACAUUUUUCCAAUCAUGCUAUACGUUUUUUGGAAGCUGGAACAACAUAACAAGGGAAUAAGGAGGUUAUGAUUUCACCCCUGUCCUUUUUUUUUGUUUGGUAAAUUGUUUCCAGCUAAAUUUGACAAAAGAAUUCAAUGAAAUCCCAUCAAAUUAGGUGGAAUGAUGGAACGUGAGUCAAGAAAGAUCCCAUUCAAGUGGAUUUGCACUAUUUAAUAUUGCAUUUUAUUGAAAUUAGUAGUAUUGUUUGUUACAAAAUUCUACAUUGUUUAUUGGCUCAAUUGUCAGCCCCAUUUAAAGAACUGUAUUAAACAUCCCAUUUUUUCAAUCCUUA